AUGUCUGAUACACCACUGGAUUUGUUGAAAUUGAAUCUAGACGGUAGAGUCUACGUAAAAUUACGUGACGCCCGUGAACUUGUGGGUACAUUGCAGGCUUUUGAUUCGCAUUGCAAUAUUGUGCUUUCAGAUGCUAAAGAGACUAUCUAUGAAUUAGAAGAUGGGGAACUGAAGAGCACAGAGAAGUUUGCAGAGAUGAUAUUUGUAAGAGGUGGCUUGGUGACACUUGUAACGACUCCGGAAGACGAGUGA